AUGGCCAGCGAUCAGAGAUUCCAGCGGACGGUGCAAGCUGUUGCAGAAGCUGUCCAAACAUUUGCCGUUGGAACAUUCGACUUUGCAGAGAGCAUCAAAAAGAUAUGGGGACCGCAGACCCAGCCGGAUGCAGUGGAGACAUCCGAUCCCCAGCCCGAGGGCAUGCAGGAUGUGCAAACGGUUGAUCGACUUCGAGAUAGAACGCCCGUUUCUCAGGACAGUGAUUACCUGGCAAUACACUCCCAUAGUCAUCCCUCGUCCGAGGCAAUGGACGAUGGGGUGUCAGAUGUCAUGCAUGAAAGAAUCGCGCCACCAGAGUCAGCACAUCUACAGUUCUUUAAUGUCAUGGAAGCAGCAGCUGGGUCCAUACAGCAAUCUUUCAGAACCUGCUACGUGUGCUAUUCGCGCUGGCGAGACGAAAGCCCGUUCCCGCCUUGUCAUUCUGUUGUAUGGGAGGAGGCAUGCGAAUAUUGUAUUAGCAGGCAAAUUCCCUGUGAUAUGAUUCCAGCAGACGAGAUAGGGAAGAUAUUGCAUCGCAAGAUGAAGGCGGGUGUUUACCUCACAAUACAAAAUGGGGUUGGCCCGAUAGAAAGACAGCGCUUUGCGGAUGCAUUCCGUGAGGCAGCCGAGCUGCGCGGAAUAUCUUUACCAUCCCCAACUGCGGACCUACCGCAGCAGCAGGUCGGUUCAAAGCGAGUCUAUCGAGGUAGUGAUGAGCACCAACCUGUGGCCAAACGGCAGCGGACGCAGGAUUUGCUACAAGAAGAUGUCCCAGAAGAUGGGGAGUCUUCGUCAUCGUCGGUAUCUUCUUCGUCAUUGGAAGAAGAAGAAGAGGAAGUGACACAAAUCAAAGCGCAACUGAAUACGCAAGAAAGGUCGCCUAUCAAAAUUUCGGAUCAGGUUCCAGUUGUGCAUAGAAUGACACAAGAAGGCAUGAUACAUCCAGAGGAAGAAAAUGAUGGAUCCUCGUCUUUCACGCAGAAACAGUCCUCGGAACAGUCAUCAUCAGAAGAGGAUGACGAUGACUACUCUUCCGAAGAAGAGGAAGAAGGGGUGCAAAAUCCAACAAAAGAAGUGUCACAAGCGGAACGCAACGUGAAAGCGAAAGCAACGAUUCGACUACAAGACGAGAACAGUGAACCAUCGUCGUGUUCGUCGGAAGACGAAUCCUCAGCAGACGACUCUUCAGAAGGAGACUCUGAUGACGAAGCAGAGCCGAGACAGCAACAGACAACAAAGGGAGACUUGCCAAAGGGACCCACAUACAAUUCGAAAGAACCGAUUCAGUUAUCAGACGAUAAAUCUUCCGACUCGUCAGCAGAAGAUGAAUCCUCGGACGAACUUGGAGAGGCCGAACUUGAAGAGCAAAUAGAGAAGCAUCUGGCCACCCCAGAAGCAUUUUUUCAAGGGGAACCUAUCCUACUAGAGGAAGAUAUUGAUGCGUCCGGCUCAUCCUCAUCUUCAUCGGAAGACGAAUCCUCCUCCGAAGAGUCAGAUGACGAACAAGAGGAACCAAAACAGCAACCGACAAGAGGAACCAAAACAGCAACCGACAACGAAAGAACAGCCACCAAAGGGACAUACACACAAUUCAAAAGAACCCAUUCAGCUAUCAAAUGA